UCCUGCUAAGGCAUGGAUUUUAAUCUGGCGACAUGAUUUUUCUCUGGUACCCUAUGUUAUCACGCUUACAGAGAAGGGAUGGCGGCGGUGGGGUACUGUGCACGUCUCUGAGAUGACAAUGCAGUACUGGUAACGGAAUGUGGUAUAUUCGUACCGGUAAUCCGCAUGUGGAUGCAGGUGUUCCGUUCAACGUUCAUUCUCUACUAAAGCAGGAUGGUGGAAGGUGGUUCCAAGAAACGGCCCUUCUCAUCGUCAUUCAUCUCAGCAACUUCUGAACGGGUUCCCUGAACAAGGGUCUUGAAGGGGGCCAUGGAGCCGAAGGAACGGCAGAUUCGCAUCCUGGAGUGGGACGACCUAGACAAGCGUAAGUUCUACACCUUUGGCUUCAUGAUGAGCAUGUUCAUCCGUGUCACCAUCUACCCUACCACCUUGAUCAAGACCCGGCUGCAGGUGCAAACCAAGAAUGCCAUGUACUCGGGGACGUGGGAUGCCUUCAAGAAGAUUACCAAGUACGAGGGUGUGCGGGGGCUGUACAAGGGCUUCCUCAUCAACACGUUCACCAUCCUCUCCGGCCAGGUCUACAUCACCACCUACGAGGUCACUCGGCGGGCCUUCGGCAACCAUGCCAGCAACACGACCAAGUCAUUUGUGGGCGGGGCCUGCGCCUCCCUCGUCGCCCAAAGCGUGACCGUGCCCAUCGACAUCAUCUCGCAGCACGUGAUGAUGGAGGGCUCUUCGUUGAGCUUGGAGGCAGGCCGGCGAAAAGUAACGUUCAGAGAUGCUCAGCGAAUCAUUCAUAAUAUAUGGCACAAAGACGGACCCAUUGGAUUCUACAAAGGGUACACAGCUUCCAUAAUGACUUUUAUGCCCAAUAGUGCACUUUGGUGGCCUUUUUAUCAUUUUUAUGCAGGUCACCGGGGGUACCUCCAUUUUAGGGACCUUCAGGAGACUUCUUCAGGAGGAGGGGAUAUCAGGUUUCAAGAAAGGGCUUUCAGCCCGGCUUCUGUCCACCAUUCCGGCUGGCUUUGUCAUCGCCGUCUCCUACGAAACUCUCAAGAGGCUGAGCAUCAAGCCGGAAGUAGCCGACAAGGUCCAGUGGUGAGGUGGGGUGUCGCCUGGCUGCCACUCUGGUAUCAGUGUAUCAGGGAAAAUGUUGUAUGUAUCAAGACUGCCCUCCUGAAAUUAUACGGCCGUAAUUUUCCCCACACAGGUCUUGUUUUUUCUUUAAAUUUUGUUAUUUGUGAAGUAAGAAUUUGAUAAAAAACUUCAGUGUAAUUAGCUACAUUUUCACCAUUCAAAGUUCAACAGCACAGUCUUUUUUUUUUUUGGCCCUAAUAGUGGUGGAAAUGUGACGGCUACUGUUGACUGUUGAAAUUUUGAUGACAUUUUCUUUUCUUUGACGUCAGCGAGGAACCUUUUUCUCACUUAAUGCCUGCUUUUUGGUGGGACGGGCGGCGGCAACUUGGUGGGACGGGCGGCGGCAACUUGGUGGGACAGGCGGCUUUUAUAGCCAGUCCAUGCGAGGUGCUGGCCUCUACUUUGUUCUUGUGACUAGACUGCUGAGGGCGCUGUCUGUAAUCCAGGAUUGAAGCCAAUACAGCAGCCUUGGGAUAGAGCUUGAAUUGCCAAAUACAGAAAGCCCCCCCCCCACAACAACAAAAAAAAAUGCUUUGACAAAAAAUCAUUUCCAUGUGUUUUGCUCAAGAAACGUUAAUGGUGGUAAUAGUAAACCCAAACUGUCAUUUUAUGAAAACCGUACCCCUUAAUCUUUUGGGCAUUUUUGCACGGGUACAUGUACAUUCAGGAACACUGGGUAGAGCCGCAGUAUUAUACAUUCAUCUCUUCGUUUUCUUGUCGAGGGUUGGUCUCUGUGUAAAGGGAUUCUAACAAAGACUGUGAGAAUCAAGAGAAUUUGUAAUAAGCAAUACUAAAUCUGAGAUAGCACAGCAUUCUUAUUGAAAUCAUUCAUUGAAACUAGAAUGAAAUGAAUGACGGGAGUACAUUAGCCUUUCCACUUAACGUGGAAGGCCGGAGUUGGAAAGUUGUCUAAAUUUUCCAUGUUUAUUUUUGGAAACUGAGUUUAUAGUCCACAUGUGAUGAAGUUGCUAUGUGGGUAAAGCUGCAACUGAAGCUACAAUUGUUUGCAAUUACUGUAAUUUUUUUUAGCAAUUUGGGUUUGGAAGUGUGAUAUUGUUUAAAAACUUUGAAGUUUGCCCUGCAUCUAGCCACUGGCAAUAAUUCAUUUUAAUAUCAAUUUUUGAUUCACUCCUUUCAAAAAUUCCUUUCCCUCAAACUGUUGAUCAUAAUUCACAACCAGAAAGGCAUCGUUGAAGAUAAAAGAUUAUAUAGGCUAGAAAAGAAAGCAAAAGUCAAAUUACUUGUUGAAUUGUCCAGUCCGUAAAAGACUCAUGCACUUCAAGAUGCCCAUCAGAAAUGAAAAAUGAAUGCAUUGUUUCUGUCUUCCAGUUAUCGCAUUUAUGACUUAAAAUUGUAAUUCUCAUUCAAAGUGCAUCAAAGUGACUGACACAUGUCCUUUACUUAAAAGUCCUUCCAGUCAAUGUUCGACAUCAUUGUUCCCAUGUCAUUUAGUACCGUGUCAUUUCCUUUUUAUUAUUGAAAUGGAAGUACUAUACUCCUGUCUAUAACCCCAGAGAAUCACUUGCAUUUAUCAGAGACAGACCUACUUAAAAUUGUCGAGGGAGGUCUGAACAGGGAGCAUGGAUGGGGCUUAAUGCACAAAAAUAUCAAAAUUAAAACUAAAUUUCCUCCAAUGAAUUCCUGGUUAAGUCUUCACCAGAUUCUGUGCUCAGAAUUCCAAAUUUCACCGGUGUUAGUCCCACUUUGGUCAGUUUGGUUCCUUGUUCAGCCCUUCCUUGAAAUUUAGCAAUUGUAGUCAUUAGCCACAUGUCCUCACAAGUAUUCUGAUGUCCUCACAUGUCCUCAAGUCUGUCACCACUGACCUGUCACUCACAGCACCAGGGCUACCAACAUUGAGUGAGAGUUUAUCUUUGGCAUGCCGCAAGCUGGUUUCAAACCCCACCCGGUAUCCUUGUACAUGUAUGCAUGGAAAAUGCAUAUGGCAUGGCCGCUGUGAAAGCAGUCAAUCGAAUUGUUUAUUUUCCAUCAGAACAAAGGCUUGCAACCCGGAAACUUUUUUCAUGGCUUGUAUCACAGGAGAGGGCAAAAAAAUGUUGAGCGAGUAACUUGUUUUUUAAAUAUGACUUUUUAAAACUUGUUUUUACUUCUUCAGUGCUUCAGUUUUUAUGUUUUUGAGCUUCAGUAUUCCCAGUCUCGUGUGAGAGCAUGAGUGUAACCUGAAAUUUGUGAGUUUCUCUCACAGUGGGAGAGCUGGCAGGCCAAAAAUGUUAGACUUGUCUCAGGUCACAAAGGGCAAGUGUGAUCAUAGUUAACCAUAGUUUGACUAACGCUGAUCAAACACACACCAUUGGAUGAAGGUUGGACUACCACUGGUUGCCAUAAAUCGUUUUUAAUAGCACAGUGCAGAAAGGACCAGUUACAAGAAAAAUGCCGGAAAAACGACCAUUUUUACUUUUAAUUUUGCCCUUUCUGUAGCCACGUUUUCUCCCUUUCGGCCUAAUGACCUGACACGGUUGACUAGAGUCGUUUGCACUUAUAUUUCACUGCACAUGUGCUAGGUACAUCACUAGUUAACUAGUAGUCCUUGAUCGGACUUGUUCAUUUUUGUUCAAAUGAACCACGACAAAGGCAUUGCUCAUCUACAUGUAGACUUGUGACUAAACUAUACAGUGACGACUCAAACCCAUACCCACAGUACAGUGGGUAUGGGUUUGAGUGGUCACUGACUUGUGACCCACCUGACACAAAGAAGUCAGGCUUUACUGUGCAUUUCAUCAUGAGGCUAUUAAAGUGUGCGGCCCUCCCCUUUUUAUCAAUGUCUCUCUUUUAUCAAUAUCUCUCUGUUUUUCCAACCUACACUCUUCAUUUGGGUUGAGGAUGUGUUACGGUUCUUCACUCAUGUUUUACACAGGCACUCUAUUUUUGAUCGUCUUUUAGUCACUCUGUAGCAGUUCAGCAAGCAAUCACUCAGGACAGGUAGAUUUUCCGCUCAUAGAUAGAGAUUCCAGAUUUUUGGUCCUUCGACCAAAAUAUGCACAACAUCUGGUAACGGUGCACUAGGAAUUUGGUAUCCCUCAUUGCACUGUAUUUACACAAAUUCUUGAUUUUUGUAAUGGUUGUGAUGUCAGAAGUUAUUAAGAAAGUUGCUCUAACAUUCGGAUCGCUAGCAAUGCCUAGCAGGUUAAGAGAUCAGGCAAUGAUUGAUUACACAAACUUUGCCGGUUUUUGUCACCAAAUGAAUUAGUUCCAACAGUUACCUUGAAAGGUUGGUUCAAAAAAUGUUCAGGACAGUUUAUGUUCUGCAUUAUGUUAUAAUGCAGAAUUAUUGACUGAAAACCAGUGCUGGAAAAUUGAUCUCCAUUUUUGUUUAUUUUAUGCAGAAGUGAAGCAAAUUACUUGGUCUUUAAUAUUUUGAAAUGAAACCUUCAGGUCACGAAUGAAACAUUUGCUUGCCGUUUUUUUAAUGGUUUUAGCUAAUUUUACCGUUGUGUUUAAUUGGGGAUUUGUGAUGUUUUUGCUUUCAAUUGUAUAAUCAUUGCUUUGAGGAUUAUUGGUAUGUGUUGUUACUUUCUGAGGUUGUAAAUGGAUUGUGCUGUUUUCAAUAUGCACUUUAUAAUAGGCUUUAAACCUUAUUUGUGGUCAGUGGGGUGGGGGGGGGCUGGCCUAAAGGGAAAUCCCCCACUUUCAACCCCAGCUUCAGAUUCUCUGCUGCACAGUUGAGUAGAGACAGUUUUGCGCCCCUCGGCCACAUUCUGAAACAUUCAGUUCAGCCUCGUUAUUGUAUUUGUUGCGUGGUGCUUUAAUUUCUUAGGAAGGAAAUAGCUUCCUGCCGGGGUGUAUUAGUUUGAGUAAAAUUAUGUGUUUUAAAAUCUCAUUUGACUAGAAGUGCAUUUUGUGUAGGUUUCAAUCAUUCAUGUGCAUAACUUGAGUAAAAUAUGAACGAACUAUAUUUAUAUCUUAAAAUGUUUUAAACAAUGAAUAAAGAGAUUGUAACUGUCA